ACAUGCACACGUAUACCUAGCCAGUGGAAAAGAAAAAAGAGUUACUCACAUUCAUCCAUUUUACAAAGAUUUCCAGGCUGCAAUGGGAGGGCUUUACCUCUCCCUGAAGGAUGAAUAAAUAGGUAGCUUUACUGACAACCUGUUCACAGUCAAACUGCAGUGAAAACUGAGACCAAGGUCUUACUCUACUGGCACUUAUGAGAUCCAGUGCUGGCAACAUGGAGAAGAUAGUCAUCUGCCUGAUGGUCAUCUUCUUGGGGACAAUAGCCCAUAAGUCAAGCUUCCAAGAGAAGGAUCUCCUCUUGAUUAGAAUGCGUCAACUUAUAGAUAUUGUUGAUCAGCUGCAAAAUUAUGUGAAUUAUUUGGAACCUGAACCUCUGCCAGCUCCAGAAGACGUAAAGAGACACUGCGAACGGUCAGCUUUUUCAUGUUUUCAGAAGGUCCAACUAAAGGCAGCAAAUACAGGAGGCAAUGAACAGAUAAUCAGCGUAUUAACUAAACAGCUGAAGAGGAAACUACCUCCCACAAACGCAGGCAGAAGACAGAAACACAGACCAAUAUGCCCCUCAUGUGAUUCUUAUGAGAAAACAUCACCGAAAGAAUUCCUAGAAAGAUUGAAAUCACUUAUCCAAAAGAUGAUUCAUCAGCAUCUCUCCUAGAACAAAUGAGAUAUGAAGGUUCCUGAGGAUCUAACUUGAAGCUGGACACUAUAUUACAUACUCUAACACAGUAGUGAAACUCACUUCUUGGUAUUCUAAAUGGAGGAGUACAACAUAUUGGUGAUGGGGAAAAAGACUCAGAUCAGUAUUUCAAGUCAGGAUUAUUUCCCCCCAGUUACUAUACAGUUCUUCAGUUUGAUCCACAUGCUCUGUAUCUGGUCAACUUGAAAAAGCUGUCUACUCAAUUAAGUCUGAUUUCCUAUGUUA